CCGCUCGCGGGGCGGGGAGUGGGGAGGAGGAGGAGGGGAUUCGUCCCGCAAUCUGGGCGCCGCAGUCGGAGCGGGAUCCCGUCACACUCGCCUGGUCUUUUGUUGUUUGCAUCUGGCCGCAGUUUGUAAAGUGAGUGUCGCCGCCGUGAAUGACAGAGACAGAGACAGAGACGGGCUGCUGGUGAAACGGCAGGCGUUGUAUCAAGUGGACACCAUGAAGACACUUCCAGCUGCCUCCUUCAUUCUGCUCUCGUCGAUGAAUUAUGGAUUUUCACAGAACUCCAGCAAUCCUGUGGUGGACAGAGGCUGUGGGCUGAACCUCCUGCCGCACUAUCUCAACCUGUGCAGCCUAGAUGUGAUCUGGGGCAUAGUUGUGGAGGCAGUAGCAGGGGCCGGGGUGCUGACUGCCUUCUUAUUGAUGCUCAUCCUCCUGGUGAAAUUGCCGUUCAUUAAAGACAAAGAAAAGAAGAGUCCCCUGGGAAUCCAGUUCCUCUUCUUGUUUGGCACCCUGGGUCUGUUUGGACUGUCCUUUGCCUUCAUUAUCCCAGAAGAUGAGAAGACGUGUCCCACCAGAAGAUUCCUCUGGGGCGUUCUGUUUGCGCUCUGCUUCUCCUGCCUGUUGGUGCAGUCGUGGAGACUACGUCAGUUGGUGCAGCAAGGCAAGGGGCCGAAUGGCCUGCUGCUGGUGGGGGCUGUGGCUGGCCUGGUGCUGGUGCAGAUCAUCAUCGCAGUGGAGUGGCUGAUCCUCACCAUCGUCAGGGAGCAGAAACCUGCCUGCAAGUAUGAACAGAUGGACUUUGUCAUGGCCUCCAUUUAUGUGAUGUUCCUGAUGGCGACAACAUUCUCUCUUUCCUUCUUCACCCUGUGUGGAAAGUUCAAGAAGUGGAAGAAGCAUGGCACCUCUAUUAUUCUAACGAUGCUCUUCUCCAUCCUGAUCUGGGUGGCUUGGAUCGUCAUGUACCUCUACGGCAACAGGGAACUGAACAAGCAGCCUUCCUGGGAUGACCCUGCCCUCUCCAUUGCUCUCGUCUCCAAUGGGUGGAUAUUCCUCAUCUUCCAUGCUAUCCCAGAGGUCCACUGCUCAAUUAUUCCAUCAAAACAAAACACACCGGAUUACUUUGAUGCCGUACAGCCCAGAAUACGCGAGACUAACUUUGAGGAGGAAUUGCAACUUCCACGCACUUACAUGGAAAACAAGGCAUUCUCCCUGGAUGAGUCCGGAGCAGCCUUUAAGUCUGGGUUUCGCAAUGGGAGUCUGGGGCAAAGACCCAACAUCCAGCUACGCAGUAAUGUUUACCAUCCCACCGAGAUGGCAGUGGUGCUCAAUGGCGGAAAUAUCCCAUCUGCUCCUCCCAACUACACAGGAAGACAUCUCUGGUGAAGGCAGAGCUGAUGGUGUUGUGGGCAAACUGCAGCUGGGCCAUGCACAGGCUGCAGUCCGAGUGCAAGCUGGCGGUGUGAAACCACGACAGGCUGUAUGAAGCCCAGCUACAUGGGAGUUUCUUCACAACUGACCUUUUUAAAUAGGGGUGUACAUUGAAGCUAGUAGGCUGUACACGCCAAGUACUCUUUCCUUUAAAGCUGUGAGUCUUUAAAUGAAAACCAGAAUGAUGCUGAAGGAAUCAUUUGUGUUGAUGUAAAUAAAUAUAGAGUGCAUUACAUUUAAUAAAUUAUGGCAGUGUGUCAUUUUCAAUAUUGCUUAAUUUCUGCAAAACUAAUAGCCAACAGUGAAACUCCCUGGAGGAGAUGAGGAUAACUUGUUUAUCUUUGAUAUGAAUUUACUGCAGCAGCAGUAAUGAGUGUGGUUAGUGGGGAAGAGCUAAUUGCAAAAGAACAUAACUUCAGUAUUUCUAUAUGUUUAGGCAUAUCACAUUAUCCAACAAAAAAAGCCAUAAUAUAAAUAAAAAUAUAUCAAUUUACCGUUUCAAGUGUAGCGUUUUCUAUAAACGAGUAAGCAGUAAUAUUAUUCCUUGGCAUUGAAGAUUCAGUGUGUGGUGCAUGUGUGCUGUGUACUGACAGAAAGUGAGAGGGGAAUGUUUUAAUCAUUUAAAAAACACAUUUGCUUUGUGUGCAAGCAGUUUUGUAAAUUCCAUAUUUCUGGUUAAAAGGUGGGAGAAAGGAUUGUGAUAGUGUAAAUGUUUUCCUCAAUUAUCCCAUGAAUCCAUUAACUGUUGUAAAAUGUCACCACCCAAAACCCAUCUUGCCACAGGUGAAAGGCCCCUUGAUUCAUCAAAUUACUAAACCACGUGUAUAAUGUGCAUUGAAGUUUGUUUAGUAUAUUAUGACUUUAAACUCCUUGGUGAAAAAAUACACAUCACUGUUACACAGCUUACAGAUAAUGUUGACACUAUUCCAGCAUUUUGUGUCUAUCUUUUUUUUAAACUUGUUGUUUGCUCUUUUGCAACAAUGCUGCUGCUGCUGCUGCUGCUGCCUGAUAUUUAACUUUGUGCCUAUCUAUGGUACAACUGCAGAUUUUAUUUAACUCACAUGACUGGCCAAUGUGUUGACAUGUCUAUUCCAAACUGUUUUGUAAACAGAAUCUGAAUCAAAGUGUGUGCAUGCAUGGUGGGUUUGACAGGCUCACUCUGACAACCACUCUGUUUUGUGUGUACGUGUGAAGUGGGCAAGUUACACCGUCACCACAUUUAAGGCAUGUGCAAAAGUUUUAUUUACAAAAUCUUAUUAAAAUGCAAUUAUUGUAA